AUGCCGCGGAAUCAGAUCGGCGACACGGUCUCCGGUGAAGUGCGGCGGCCGCCGAACCAAGUAGGGAAUCGGAGGGUCGGCCCGAUCUCCGGUGCAGAGGUGCCGCCGAAGCAAGUCAGGGAUCGAACGCCCGUGUCGGUCCCUCCGCCGUCGAAGCAACGCAAGGAUCAGUCGGUCCGCACGGUCUCCGGUGGAGCGGCGCUGCCGACGCAAGUCGGGGGUCGGACGCCCGUCUGCCGCCGAAGCAAGAAAGAUUAUCGUGUUUAUCUCAACCAGCUGCCUGGCAGGCCUGAUGUCGAUAUUUCCACUAAGCUGGAUGCUGUGCAGCUCAAGGAGCUCAAUGUUCGCCAUGCGUUGUAUCGCCUCAAGUAUUAUCAGCUGUCACAAAACGUGCCUGAGGACAAGCUUUGCUAUGAUAAAUUGAAAGAGGACUACCCCCCUAGCCGUCUUGAGAAGGAGAGUUUCUUCAAGUGCUAUGAGGAAGAUGGCAAAUUAGGUUGGUCUUUCCAUCCUGAUUACUGCCAGCUUGCAGGCCUGGAGGAUUACCAACGGCUGGUCCCUCGAAAUUAUGGUGGUUAUGAGUAUGUUGAUUGGGAUGAAUACCAUAAGGAAUUUAAUAGCUAUGAGAUUGAACAAGAAUAUGUCAAAUAUUGUGAAGAAUUGUCCAAGAAACUUAAGUGGAUGGAAGCUUAUGUGCUAAAAGAACAAACAUCUCUUAUGCGGGGAAUGAUUUUGACCAGAGGAACUUACCAAGCAAUGAAGAUCGCCACUGACUUCUUGAAGAUACAUGCGAACUUAGCCUUUUCUGGCUUCUAUGAGUGGUUCAAGAGCAUGGCUUUUGAUGUUACGAACUACAAAGAGUUCGAUGUACUCUAUUAUGAGACUUGGCAGAGGUGCAAUCAGGAGGUUAGUAAUGUACCCUGGUCUUCUGAACAACUUAGCAAUCAUUGAAUGGUGAUAUGUGUUUUGAUGCUUUGUAAUGCAUUUUCUUUUUCUCCCCUUGAACAAUUCUCAGAAGAAAUUCAGAGAUGCUUUGGAUGAGGUCUAUGAACUUAAUAGGUUCCCAUUGAGCCAAAACAGAAUGAGAUGUGCACUGGAGAAUGACACAUUCUGCUCGGAAUUCGAAGAGGAGUUUCUUGGUUUCACAGCUUGCCUCAAGGAAUUUGCAGAGGACAAAAGCCAGAUCACUGAGGAUAAAGCCCUGGAGUUGAUUGCAGAGGCACUUAGAAAGGAGACGCCGAAACCAAAGUUCUAUGAGGAUUAUUGUAGGAAGAAAAUAGAUAUUGCUCAAGCUAUUGGAUUAAUUCCCAGCGUACCUUCUUAACUGUUCAUCUUCCUGAUUCACACCAUUUCAUUUAUCAAGUUAGAUAUGCAGCCCAACUGCCAUUCAACUGCCAUUGUUGGAGUAUAUAGUAAGUAAUUGGCACGUGCCAUGCACAUGUAGAAUUCAGGGAAUGUAACUUAAAAAGUUGGAUAUUUUUCAUUCUCCCUUUUUCUUGGUGAUUACUCUUCAUCUGAUGACCA